AGCUAGCUAGCAACUAGCACAGAAACGCUGUCACAGAUUUCAGAUUCACGGACAUCAUUUCUGCAUAGAGCUCUGUGCAGUUAUCACGAAACUUUAGUUAUCACGCAUUUCAUUGCAACUAGCUACAUAUUUCAUGACUAGUCGGAGACACAGCAGGCUGUGAUAUCAGAAGUGGCUUCAUUGGUAUUGUGCCUAAAUCGUUUUCAUUAAUUGGCACAGGUUUUUCAAAGUAAUUUAGCUAGCUAGCUAACUUACUUGGCAUUGUGCCUAAUUAACUAGAUGGGUAACAUCGGGUUAGCUAAUAUAACUUAAGUGUAAAGUAGUUAAAAAUGAAUUGUAUAAUUUCCGUUCGAAACAAAAGACCACAGGAAGACCUUGAAGACAGUGGGCAUUUUCAUCAAGCCAAAAGAUUAUGCAACGGUUUCGGAAGCUGUGGUGAGGUUGAAUGUGGCGCGGAGGCGGGGAGCCCUAUGGAUACACGGGAGAAUCAACAGCACGGCCUCCAAAAGUGCAAUUCUCUCCCAAACCACCACGAUCGGAAUAUGGUGUUUGCUGCUCAAGUUGGGGUAUAUCCACAAAUGUGUCCACGAUGCAUGGCAGGAGAAUCGUACCCUGGGCUGUCUGGUAGCUCAAAGGCAUCCCCGAAGACCCCCGGCAUCACUGGGAGUGCCACGGCGGCGUUGAUCUGUCAGUCACCCGACCGCGGAUGCUAAUGGCGGAGGCGCGGGGAAGUGUUGCCGCGCACAUGAAAGCGGAAGACCCCCGAAGAUGCCUUCAUGUCAGGCGCGGUGAGGGAGAUGCCCGUUAAUGCUUGCCUUUUACUUUAUCCCCAGGCCACCGUAAAGAAUAAUGACUCGGUCAUGAAUUAUAAAUGCUUACGGGUGUUGACUUCAGCGGCGCUUGUUGCAUCCGAACACCUUGGUUGUAAAUACGGUGUGAGAUGUUUACAGAGAGGCCGGGGCGGUCUCGCUUAAGGGUUAAACCGCAUCCAUUUUGGAGACGGGAGGAACGCCGUCGUCUCUCUGGGGGCUUAAAGGUGAAGGGAAUUAAGACAGUGCCGCUUUCCGCCGUGGAGCGCUCCAUCCCACGUAAUAUCACAGAUGGCUCUGUUUUGAGAGACACUGCAAAUGAGCCACACGUUGCAAUGUUAUGACAAUCAAUCGCACUAAUUCUUCAGGCAUUUAGGUUCCCUUUUUAUGUCGUAUUCAUUUGUUUACCUCAACACACCAAAGGCCCUUCAGUAAUUAGUGAAAAAACACACAAUAAACAUAAAUUAUAACAGCUCACUGUGACCCUCUGGUGGAGCCAGGAAAUUGGACAAAAUAAUAUUAUAUAAUCCAUAUAUCGAUUUGUAUGUGUUGAUUGUAUACCAGCAAAUGUGUUUACAUUCCAAAACAUUAUCAUUGAAGAACCAUACCAACUAUGUAUCAUAUAUAUUCUGCUUAUGAGUAUGCUAUGUAUACUUGCUUUUAAUGUUUGACUUGUUGUAAUUUAUGAAUUAGGCUAUAGAUGAUUUGCUUUCUUUUUGUUCUUUAAGGUAAUACUUUCGGUUUAUUUGAAAUAAUACUGUAAAUAAUAAUGAAU